AACCAAACACAAUGGACGAAGAUCUCCUGCAAGACCUUGAGGAACUCGGAGGAGAUGAAGACUUGGAAGACUUGGACGAUGAUAUAAAAGAUGAAGAUGAGGAUGAUGGAGAUAUUGCUAUUGAUGAGCAUGCAAAUCUCUUGGCGGCUGUGGAUGGGGACGAUCUCCACUCAAUUGCCCGAUUGACAAGCUCUAAACCGUUCAAGGACGUUAUGCAGAAAAUAGACCAGUUCCGAGAUGUGCCUCGCCAUCCUGCUCAAAACACCGGACCCGUGGAAGAAGAUCCAGAGUACAAACUUAUUGUACAGUCAAAUAACUUGACGGUGGAGAUUGACAAUGAAAUUUUGGUUGUGCAUAAGUUUAUACGCGAUCACUAUGCACCAAAGUUUCCAGAGUUGGAAUCACUGAUUCCAAAUCCGAUUGACUAUGCGAGGACCGUCAAAUUGAUUGGAAAUGAGAUGGACUUGACAAAAGUCGAUCUGAAAUCGUUUUUACCCUCGGCUACUAUCAUGGUUCUCACUGUGACAGCAACUACAACGAAUGGACAGCCACUCAGUGACGAGGCGGCAGCCAAAGUAUUGGAAGCCUGCGACAUGUUACUAGACUUGGACCUCUCCAAACGAAGGAUUCUAGAAUACGUCGAAUCGCGAAUGGCUUUCAUUGCACCCAAUCUCUCAGCUCUGGUCGGAAGUAACGUUGCAGCAAAACUGAUGGGUCUGUCGGGGGGUGUAACAGGUCUCAGCAAAAUUCCGGCAUGCAAUGUCCUCGUCUUGGGCAAAAUAAAUAAAAUGAACACGGGAUUGUCCUCGGUAACACAACAAAAGCAUCAAGGGCUGAUUUAUCUGACGGAUAUGAUUAUCAGUGUUCCGCAAGAGUGGAAGAGGAAGGCGGCAAGGACGUUGGCGGCAAAAGUGUCAUUAGCGGCUCGGGUUGAUCAAGCCCGAACCUCAUCGGACGGUGCGGUCGGUCGUAAAUUCCGAGAAGAAGUCCAGAAACACAUUGACAGGAUUCAGGCACCGCCACCAGGAAAAUCCAUCAGAGCAUUGCCCAUCCCUGAUGAAGGACCCAAGAAGAAGCGAGCUGGUAAACGUGUCCGACGAGCCAAAGAACGAUUGGCUCAAACAGCACUUUCCAAGGCCCAAAACCGCAUGGCAUUUGGGGUUGCAGAAGACGAGGUCGGAUUCCAGAAUGGUAGCACCAAAGGACUUGGACUCAUUGGGGGCCAAACGGGAAAGAUCCGUGCAGCACAGGCCGAUCCUCGUUUGAAAUUGGGACUAGCCAAGAAACAUCGUGUCCAAUUCGGCGGUUCUUCAGGCGCAACGUCUGGAUUAUCUUCCUCUGUCGCUUUCACGCCUGUCAAGGGUAUUGAAUUGGAGAACCCCGAAGCGGCAGCACAACGAGUCAAGGAGGCUAAUGAUCGAUACUUUAGUUCGGCAGCCUUUGCCAAAUUACCUAAAAAGGAGGGAUCGUAAUGGGAGGAGAUAUCUAAGCGUUGUAUUUUCUUGUAUUUUUUUUUUUUAGAUGCAAACAGGUGUUUCUUUUGGAAAAAGGCCACGCUAGUCACAAAGUCCAACCCUGCUCACGGUAUUUACCAUGGUUAAGGCAAAUGUAGAUCUCCCCGAUUCACAAGAGUCAAAAGGAAAUGUACCAUGGGAUCAUGAUCUGCGACUUUGCACUUGAGUGACGGGCUUUCCGAUACGAA